AUGCUCCUGGAGCUGAAUGAGCGACGCGCAUCGCUGCUGGAAAGGCUGAAUGGAUUGUUAACGCAGCGGCAGACCCACGUGGAGUUAGAAGUUCGGCGACAGCACCUGGUGGCAGCGGCAGCCCGGGAGCAGGCGCGAGUACAGCAAGCGGCGGCGGCGGUGGAGGAGGCACUCUUUCCUUGGCAGCAGCUUCACUCGCUCGUGGCCCUCACCCACAGCCACGUCGCCGCCAUGCUGUUGGCCGAGCAACGAUCCAAACUUGCCGUACUGCUGGACACGCUACCCCUGCGCGUUGCAGCCAUUCGGCCGCCACCGCAACCACCUGCACAACCGCAACUACCAAUACAACAACCAACCGCCUUUAACCAACAACAACAGCAACAGCCUCAGGGAGCUUCAGCCGGCGUAUUCCCGAAACCCAACCACCCCAACCAACAGCAACCGGGUCUCCAGGGCAGUCCAAGCCUUAUCGGGCCUGUGGCUCCAGGGUUGGGCCCCGCGCCGAGUAGUGCGGGGGCGGGGGCCGGGGGCGGGGGUAUGGGCGGGGGGGGUAGCGGCCAUGGUGGGGUCGCGGGGUCGUCCCCAAUCCAGGUGACGUUGUGCAACAUGAAGUUGCCGGACGGCGCCACCGUGUCAUCGCUCAUGGCGGCGCAACCGGAAUCGACUUCUUCCGCUCUGGGCUACCUGCUGCUGCUGGCGGAGCUGCUCUCCACCUACUUUGGGGGCCCUAUACUGCACGAGGGCUCCUUCCAGGGCUCCACCAGCGUGAUCUGGCAGCAGCACUCCUUUUGGAAUCGGCGACCCUCCACCUCCAACGGCCGCCUGCCUCUCUUCCUGGAGGAGGGAGGAGGCGGGGGCGGGGGAGGAGGCGGGGGAGGGGGAGGGGGAGGAGGCCCGGGUCUGAGUAACCCAUUUCCUGGCCUGGCUACCAAGGUCCGUGGACCUUCUCCGUGGACAUCCCAACCAUCUGGCCACCAACAUCAAUAUCAACAAAGCCAAAACCAGCAACCAGGAACUUCGCAUUCGCAGCAGCACCAGCAGCCGCAAACCCAGCUACAGCAGCACCACGGCUACAGCCAUUUGUCGGCAGGGGGGGCGGCGGCGUCCGCCUUCUCAGCCCUGACUCGCGUCAUGUCGGGCGGGAUCGCGGCGGCAGCUGGCGGAGCCGGCGGUGGAGGUGUGUCGUACAUACCGCAAGUGGAGGAGGCACUUGUACGGCAGCGGCAUACGGAUCUGCGUUUGGCGUACGACAUGCUACUUCGUAGUCUUGCGUGUUUCACGCGGGACAAGAUCGUGCCCCUGGGGUUGCAGCUCCCCAACUCCUGGGGGCCUCUUGGCUGGCUUGCCGUACUGUGUGCCUCCGUACGACGGGAUCCCGGCACGGAUGCGGUGUUGGUUGCGGCCCAACAGGCUUUGGCAGCUCAGCAGGGGGGUCAGAUGGCAGUGGGGGGCCUUAUGGGACAGGGGGGAGGGGGGGGUUUCACGGCGCGAGAUCACUUGCGGCCGGGGUUGGCGGCUGGCGGGCUGGCGGCGGCAGUGGCGGCGGUGGGAGACGGCGGCGGCGGUGGCGGUUUUCAGGACAACGAUGGCUGCACGUUCUGCACCCUCAUGUCGGGCUUCGGAGCCUUUUUCAUGUUCCUUCUAGGCAUCUGCAUCAGCAACAACUACGAAUAUGUUGGCGAAUGGUACAAGCCUGAAAAGGGCCGAGGCUCGCCGACGACGGAUCAAAUUAAGGAAGCGGCAAAGAAUUGCUUCAUUACGGGAGGCGUUUACAUCGCGUUCACUAUCAUGGCGGCCAUGUGCGUCUGCUACCAGAAUAAGAAGGCCAAGCGGACGUAGCGACAUGAGUACCUGAGCACAGGCGCAUGUCUCCAAUUCGGCACAUUGACGGCAAUGACCGCUGGGUUGGCCACGGACAAGGCGUCUUCGUAGCCACACGCGAUUUGAGUGGUGCUGUGCCGGUGUGUUAAGCCGUGACGAGGCCAAGCAUGGCCUCAGCCAGGGUAAUGAGGGGUGUAAGCGAGCCCCGCCGUUAUGGAAAUACGACCGUGUGAUGCAUGCAUUGGGACGGCUGUGGCUUCAGCGAUCAUGUGGCCCUGAAGCAGGGAACAACAUCCAAUUUUCGGUCAGCGCUUUUGCUGCCAUGGCGGGUCAGUACCGUAGUCCGCACGGCUGUGGAAAGCUGCACAGCUGUGAACAAGGGAAUCGGCUGUAUAUGCACACAAUUUUCGGCUGGAUGACUUGUGCAUUUUUUGUAGGGUGCCGUGCUCUACUUCGAGAGUACAAGAAGGUAGUGUGGCUUCUGUAAGGAGUGAUCUAUGUUACUGCACAUCCAGACCUCCGGGGAACCGAAGGGGGAGUCUGUGUCCAUAAAACAGCAAAUAGCAUGUCAAACUGCUAGACAAUCUUUAUUGUAUUGUUUAGCGGCUUCCGUUC